AUGUAUGAGGAUCAAGAGUAUGUACCGCCGCUGGCAAAACUAAUAAGAGGUCGCGAAAUUGGACACUAUGCUUUUUUACAUUACGACCAAAACAGACUUGGAUACGAUUUAUUAUGUGUUAAACACUUUACGAGUAAAUGGGAUUGUUUGUUUUGCACGAGAAUUUCGGAGUGUAUCAUGUUGGAUGAUGAUGAGAGGAACGACGCAUGGGUGGAAAGCAUGCGCCGGAAGGACGAGGCCGCGAGGCGUAGAAGAUUGCUAAAUGAUCUUCUAAAUAGUGAUAAUGAAGACGAUGACAACGACGCGAAAACGUCUUCGCAAAAUCCGCGGGAGGAUGCGAGCCCGCGGGAGAGCCCGCGGGAGAGCCUGCGAGGUAGCCUGGAGCUCGCAGGAGGACAGCCUGCAGGUGCCGCGGAGUCUGUGCGAGGAGGCGCCGCGGAGCCCGCAAACACUGGCGAACCCAUAUUGUAUGAUGGGAGCUCCAGUAAAGCUGAAGAAAGAUGUGUGAUUCCUUAUAUUUUUGACUGCCAACCUUAUCGAGUAAAGACAUUAAAUAAUCUUUUUCGACCUGCGUACAACAAAUUAAACAGAAAAAGAGAAAUUGCUGAGAUUUUGUCAGAGACCGAAAACCAAAAUAAAAACAAUUUUCCAAGUACUAGUACUUCAUCGCAACAACCUUUACAUAAAAUAAAGAAAAUUGAAAAUAAUCGAGAUUUGAAUACUCCUGACGAAACUAUUUUUAUAGAUUUGACAAAUUUGGACAAUACAGUUAUAUCGCAUGUACAGCCCACACAGACAACUUCAAACAUUACAAGUAUCUAUUCAGAAAGAGCACAACUUAUCUCAGAAUUAGAUUUGGAUUCAAGAAAUUUUAAUGAUGUACCAAUUAUAUCACAGUCUGUAUGUAAACCUUUAACUAGUGAAAUAGAAAUUGAAUCAGGAAAUACUUCAGUUUUCGUUGAAUCAGCACACAUUUCACCUAGAUCAACUUCAAUGCAAAUACAUUCUUCUACUAAACCAGAAAAUAAACAAAAGCUAUUAAGUUUUGGCAAAUCUCCAGUUUCUAAAAAUACUACAAAUCUUUCUCAACGAAGUGUUGGAGUGCAAGUAUAUACAAAAUUAGUAAAACCUCAUAUUCGAAGUAAAUCUGUCAUGUGCAAGCCUUGUAUGACUGAUGCAUCUUGCCAAUGCCAAAUACAAAUAAGCAAAACAUGUUCACCAAUAAAGUCAUUAUUUAAAACACCAGCAGCAACAAAUUAUGCUUCAUCCAAUUCAGAAGUAACUAUUUAA